AAAAUGUUGUAUGUGGUAAAUCCAAAAUCAAAGUAAGUGUUAUAACUCAAACUUCAAAACUGAAAUUAAAAAAACGUUCAUAAUAAAUAUACAAAAAUAAAAAAUAAAAUCAGCCGUUUUCUUUAUUUCGAUGAAAUAUACAAUAGUAUUGUACAUUUUUUUGGAUAUUCAAUGGAGAUACAUUGCAAGGGCAACCUGAAGGAGUUCUUUUAGUAGUAGCUAUGAAGAAUAAAAUUUAUGGUGUCAGUGACAAAUAUAUAAAACAUCAAGAAUAUCCAUUUAGUUCCGAACAAAAACUUAUGGCUGUAAAAUGCAUAAAUAAAUAUGAUGAUGCUUUACAGGCAAAUGGAAAUGUGGUUGGUAUGACAGGUGAUGGAAUUAAUGAUAGUGGAGCAUUAAAAAAGCUGAUAUUAGCAUAGCUAUGGAUAUAAAUGGAACUAUGUGCAAAGAAGCAUCAGACACGAUACUAGUUGAUGAUGAUUUUCAAACAAUUGUAGCUGCUAUUGAAGAAGGAAAAGGAAUACUUUUUAACAUUAAGAAUUUUGUCAAAUUUCAACUUAGUACUAAUAUUGCUGCAUUAUCUUUAAUUGCCCUAGCAACCAUUUUUACAAUACCUAAUCCUCUAAAUGCUAUGCAAAUAUUAUAAAUGAAUAUAAUUAUGGAUGGACCACCUGUUCAGAGAAAUAUGUUUCCGAAUGCCCUACUCUCAUUCGGAUGUAUCACGCAGAAUUUUACCACAUAACCGAACGCAUGUGUAAGCGGAAAUAUUUCAAGAAUACAUAUUAGUCGGAUCAUGUGAAAAUUCGUGUGGAAAAGCUAUCAAUAGUCAUUCACUUCAGAUUAGCGACUUUUAUGAAUUAAAAAUUCUUUAUUUUACUAGUACAAUAUAUUAAUACAUAAAAUAAA